AUGGCUCCACCAGGCCGGACCAUCGCACAGCUGUGGGUGGCGGGCAUUGUAGUGGGCAUUUGGCUGCUUGUGCGACGGUGGCUACCAUUGUUUCCUGCAAAAAUGAGCAUGUUACAAGCACCGCAUGGUAUGGAUGCGUACUUGCGCUGGGCCAAGGCCCAGGCCGAGGCGCACUGGGCAGACCCGACGAAGCAGCAUAUGACGCUCCUGAUGGGGAACGAGGCGGGCGACCUUGACUCGGCUGCCUCGGCAAUUGCUUUGAGCUACGUGAUGAAUCAUGAGCCACGCUACUUUAUGGAAAGGUAUGGUCUUCCACCGAGCGUCUAUGUGCCUGUGAUUCAGACGCCACGAACGCAGCUCACGUACCGCCGGGAGAACCUGCACGUGUACCAGAUGAUCCACACGACACCCGAGGCACUGCUUUGUGUAGACGACCUAGGAGAUAUAUCGUCGCCGCGGUUCGGGACUACGGCGAACGUGUCGCUGGGACUCGUGGAUCACCCGCGCCUCGGUGCAGCGUGGGGCGACAAGGGUCGGCGCGUUGAUGUGAUUGUCGAUCAUCAUGAAGACGAUGGCUCGCACCCUGAGGCAAAGCUUCGAGUUAUCCGCAGCCCGUCAUCAGAUCCUGUUGGAUCAGCUGCGAGCUUGGUAGCUAAUCUCAUAUCGCAAGCGCAGGGAGGCAGAGCCUUGCUGACCGAGGUGGCUGACCUGCUCCUCAGUGCGAUUGUGCUCGACACACGCAAUCUCAAGAUGCAGCCAUCAGGGAAGGCGACAGACGUGGACGUACAUGCGUAUGCAUACUUACGGCCGCACUCAUCCUUCGGCCCAUCAGAGGUGGAUGUCCGAAACGGUCGCGUGGACACAUCGCAUACCAAGGCAUGGAAUGAGGACUUGCAGCGCACAAAGAACGACGUCUCCCAUCUCGAUACACAUGCACUGCUGUCACGCGACCUAAAGAUGACGAGUAUGUCGGGCCUGCACAUUGGUCUGGCAGCCGUGCCGCUGUCCUUUUCGUCCUGGAUCAGCGGCGCGUACCGAACUAAUGCGCCCGUCGACACGGUCCGGGAAGAGGUUGCUGAGCGUGAGUGGUCGGUAUGGUGGACGCAGCUUGCUGGAUUUAUGCGCGAGAAAGGUAUGGAUAUGGCCGUCGUGCUCCUUUCGUACCGAGAAGCGAUGGAUGGCAAGACGAAGAGCCGCCGAGACUUGGCGUUGGCGUACUUUGGCCAGGCCCGGUUUCUUGAGCAAGUGGCUUCGUCACUGGAGGCUUUCGGUUCAAAGAAGCUUUUCCACGAUGGCGUCUCCCUUGAGCUUGAGACGUGGAAAGGCCAACGACGCGUCCCAAGCGGCAAGCGCGAGCGAAACAUGGGUAUCCAUGGCCAUCAAGUGUCUAGUGUGCCGGGUAUGACGGCCGUGGUGUGGCGGCAGCGCAACACGAAUGCAAAUCGCAAAAUUGUACAGCCUGCAUUGCUUCGCGUGCUGCACCACCUCUUAUAG